AUGGCGUUGAAUGACAAUCAGAGACAUCAAAUUGUAUUGCCGGAUAACUGUCAUUACAAGAAAUUAUUAUUCCGUAAAGAACACAUGGAUUUGAUGCACAGUGGACCUCAAGCCUUGGUGGCCUCUAUUAGGCAGCGCUACUGGCCUUUAAAAGCGCGAAGUUUAGCUCGUGCUAUAGUACACAAUUGCGUUAAUUGUUUUAAACUAAAACCUCAAAUAGUACAACCGAUCAUGGGAAGUCUGCCUGGGUCACGGGUACAGAGUGGAAGAGCAUUUUCCAUAUGUGGUGUAGAUUUCACGGGUCCAGUCAUGAUAAAAGCGAGCUUGCGUCAUAAGGCACCAUGUAACAAAGGAUACAUUAGCAUAUUUGUAUGUUUCGCGACAAAGGCGAUACAUAUCGAACUCGUGAGCGAUUUGUCAACGAAGACGUUUUUACAGGCGCUGAACAGAUUUUUUGAUCGACGUGGCAAAAGUUCAAUAAUUUACAAUGAUAACGCCAGAAAUUUUGUGGGUAUGCGUCGGCAUUUAAAGGAGGUAUACGCACUUUUCCAGUCCCCAGAACAUCAGCGAUCCGUUUUCUCUCAUCUAGCAGACAAAGGAAUUAAGUGGCGAUUUAUACCACCCCGUGCACCGCAUUUCAGUGGGCUUUGGGAGGCGGCGGUCAAAAGCAUGAAAAGUUUAAUAUAUCGCGUUUUGGGAGAGGCUCGGCUCAUGUACGAAGAAUUAUUAACUGUACUAACGAGAGUGGAAGCUGUACUUAACUCGCGACCAAUAACUCCAGUAUCUUCUGAUCCGGUUGAUCUAACUUACCUCACGCCAGGUCAUUUUUUAAUUGGCGAUAUAAUGACUGCCAUACCGGAAAAGGAUGAGACGACCACGCCUAUUACUCACUUAAAUAGGUGGAGAAUAGUCUCCCAUUACACCCAAGUACUUUGGAAACGGUGGCACAAAGAGUACUAA